AUGGAUCCCAUGCAAAGCAUGGCUGCUAUGUCAAAUAAUCCUAUGAUACGGCCAUCGAUGCAACAGAUGGGAGGCAUGUACCCGCCCCAGAGUGGACAAAUGAGCAUGUACGGUGGAGCUGCUCCUCAACAAUCUCCGCACUUCCCUCCUCAAGGCGUUCCACCUGGUUAUCGACCACAAUACGCUCCUCAGCCUGGGUAUCCCGGAAUGCAGCAGCCAAUGUACACGGCGCAACAAACUCAACAACAGCGACCGAAUGCAUACGCAACACCACAGCCAACGAGUGCCAAUCAUUACGGAUAUGGAGCGCCAUCACAGAGUGGCUAUCCACCACAACAGUACCCUCCACCACAGAUGCGACCACAGUAUCCUCAAGGGCAACAAGCAAUGCCAACACCUGGAAUGGGCCCACCAAGUGGACCAAGUACAGGACCUCCCAGUCAACAAGUA